CCGUCAGCAGUCAGCCUCGAGCGGCGCAGGUCACGGCCAGGUCAGCUCUCAGGUCACCCCGAGAGGAUCACACCAGCUAUGGCAGCCACCUCCAGCCACCGCGUGGCGAUGCUCGCCGCCCUUCUGCUCACAUUGUUAGCCAUCCUGACCCAGGUGCGGUCAGCGCCACUCGACGGUGUCUACAGCCCCUACAGCGUGGCGGAGUCAGAUGAGGCACCCGAAGUGCGGAGCCCGAACGAAGCGCUGCUCCUACGCCGGCUUCUGGAAGACAUCCGCUCGGGACAGAUCAAAUACAGGCCGCGCGAGCGGCGCGUGCCCUACCCUCUGGGCGUGCGACUGUACCGGCGCUCGCGCUCCUUCUGCCUCCACCUGGCGGACGCGUCCUGUAAGGAUGAGCAGUUCAUCAGCUCGAUGGCGGACAACCUGCGAUUCAGCGUGCCCGGCAGCUCGCCGGGGAAGUAGGCGGUCAUGGAGGCCGCGCGGGAUGACGGGGAGAGCUGCCCAGGUGGCAGCAAAGCAGGCAGUAACGGCUGAUCGACAUACGUCUGAACACGCUGGAGAGAGAAUAGAGCCUACCACCUCGACUGGGUGAAGACGGCCCGCUGACAGCGGUUCCACAGACAGCUCACGACCCCUCCCUCGGGCGACCUGACCUUUCCCAGACCCCCUCGGGUGACCUGACCCGCUCCAGACCCCCUCCUCAGAAAACCUGACCCUCCUAACCCCCCACCCCCACACCAGCGCAGCUAUUCCCGACCCUUUUACCCGUCCCACUCUCCCAUCAACCAGCCUGCAGUACGCUGGAUGGCCCUGAUCUCACGCUGAUCUCAUCUUAUAUCCCGAUCUCAUACUGAGCGAUUCCCAGCGAUAAAUUAUAGCGAUCCACAACAAUGCCGUCAACCCAUGCCGCUUGUUCUAUUGAAAUACGACCCAUAAUUUGACGAUCACGAACCACCCUUUCCGAUUGCUGCUGAUUUACAAUCGCGGGAUAUGAUCCUGCCCUCUCCGAUCGCUGUAUUCUGGGCUCGCCUCCCUGCGGUAGUGGACGGUGCAGCGAGCUGAGACGGUGGACGCAGGCAGUGCGCUCUCUGUACCUUCGCGUCGGUGGUUGUGUUUUGAGGUUCCGGCGGCGUUGCACGCCGUUGCAUCGAACUCUGUUUUUCGAUCCUCCGCGCCUGCCGAUUGCCGAACGCUGGAGCGUCUAUGAUAUAUCUAAGUGACUGUUAUCGAUGUCAGCUACAUUCGGCUAUAAUCAGUACACAAUAAACACCAUUUUUCA